CCAUUACGUAGAAUUUCUUAGCCAUUACAGAAAUCUUUAAACCUAAAACCUAAAGGGGUCAAGAGGGAGAACCUCAAUUCCGGUGAUUACUACUCCAGCGCCGCCGCCGCUCUCGUCAUGAAUCGAGGUAGGUUUCCCGAUCUAUUAUCAAUUCGUGAAAUCAUCUAAUUCUAAGAUCCAUGCUAUUAUGAUCUAUGUUUACAUGUGGUAUUAGAGCCUUAGGUUUACAUGAAUAGAUGAUUUUUGCUUACGUAUUUUAUUUCCGCUGCAUCUGUGCGCCAAGCUCUGCGUAUGAGAGCCGUUUGCUUCGGCUGUAGGGUUUCAAUUAUGCUUGUCAAAUUCCAAUCUUGCUUUGUUAGGGUUUCAAUUCGGCUGUAGGGUUUCUAUUAUCGCCAUUCUUGCUUUGUCGUUUAUGUGGGUGCAAUUAUGCUUGUCAAAUUCCAUCAGUUGAAACAGAUCUUGCGCAGAGUUGUGAUUAUUGGCUUGAUGGUAAUUAUAUAUACUUGAUCAGUAGGUAAUUAUAUAUAUGAAGCCAAUAGAAAGCAACGAGGGGCAAAGAAUGAAUUGGAAUUUAAUCAGUAGGUUUGAUGAUUGAUCAGUUAAGUAAUUAUUAAAAAAAACCAUUAACGAAACAAGUUUUGUGUAUGUGUUUUGAGAAUUAUAAUUAACAAUUGCUUUGACUUGAGUUAAAUUAUAUCUUUUAUAUUUAUGUUAUGAUUAAUUUGUUAGUCAUCAAAGUGGCCAAAUUAGAAGGUUUAUAGAUAUCAAGUUGAAUCAAGUUCAACUACUAAUGUUUAUGUGAUGCUUUAAAGUUGAAGUUCGUGAUUAUAAAAUAUUUUCGAAUCGCCCAAAGGUUGAUUGCUCGUUUUAUAAUUCAUGAACAUUAUUGUGGUAAAUAGAUGUGCUUGGUUAGAUAUAUUUAGUAUAUCCAAAGAUUGCAAGUAUAUCUAAUUUGAGUAUGUCUAUCACCAAUUAUAUGAUUAUUUUGAGCAUCAAUUACGAUUAUUUAUCGCAUAUAUAUUGUUGUUUUGCCCAAAGGUAGCACCAAUAUAUGUUUUAUGUUUACGUUUCCGAAUCUGUAUUAUAGUUUAUGCUUAUUACCCAAAGCAUUAAUGUGUGAGUACAUGUUAUAUAUGUUUGCAGCAUCUGUUCCUGUUUCUCUUCAUUCGCAAGCCACGUCUGUUGUUAAGUUUAAUGGCCUCAACUUCUCUGAAUGGGCUGAACAGGUUCAGUUUCACCUCGGUGUUCUGGAUCUUGAUUUGGCACUCUUAAGUGAGAAACCUGCUGCUCUUACUGAUGCUAGCAGUGCCGAGGAAAAGUCUUUCCAUAAAGCUUGGGAAAGAUCUAACAGACUAAGCCUAAUGUUUAUGCGAAUGACUGUAGCAAACAACAUUAAGUCAACUUUCAAUGAUACUGAAAGUGCUAAGGAAUUAUGAAUUCCGUGAAAGAAAGCUCUCAAUCUGAGUCUGCUGAUAAGUCGCUUGCUGGGACACUGAUGGGUAUGCUAACCACCAUGAAGUUUGAUGGUUCUCGUACCAUGCAUGAGCAUAUCGUCGAAAUGACAAACAAUGUAGCAAGACUAAAGACCAUGGGAAUGUAAGUGAAUGAAAAUUUCCUAGUAACGUUCAUCCUUAAUUCCUUACCUCCAGAGUAUGGCACAUUCCAUGUGCAUUACAAUACUCUAAAGGAUAAAUGUAAUGUGCAUGAGUUACAAAGCAUGCUCAUUCAAGAGGAAGCAAAGUUUAAGAAACCAGGAAAUCAUUCUGCCAAUCUUGUUGGUCAUAAAGGAGCUGGAAAGAAACCAUGGAACAAAAAUGGGAAGGGCAAGGAAGGAAUAUCAAAGAUUAAUGAGUCAUCUGCCAAAAUCCACAAGAAGGAACCAAGUAAGCAUAUAUGUCGCUUCUGUAAGAAAGCCAGACAUUAUCAGAAAGAUUGCUUGAAAAUAAAGGCAUGGUUCGAAAGAAAGGGUAAGCCUAGUGCUUCAGUAUGUUUCGAAUCAAAUUUAACUGAGGUUCCUUAUAAUACUUGGUGGGUUGACACUGGUUGUACCAUUCAUGUUUCCAAAACGAUGCAGGGAUUCCUUACGACCCAAACCAUAAGGCAAAAUGAGAAGUUCAUCUAUAUGGGACUUAUCGUUUGGUUUUAGAUACUGGUCAUCAUUUGGACCUUGUCAAUACCCUGUAUGCUCCUUCUAUUUCUCGUAAUUUGGUUUCGGUGUCUCAACUAGAUAAGGCUGGGUAUUUUUGGAACAUUGUAAAUGGUUCUAUUAGUUUGUUCAAACAAAAUGUUUUAUUGGGUUCUGGUACCCUUGUUGAUGGUUUGUACAAACUAAAGCUUGAUACCCUAUUCGCUGAGACUCUCUUAACCUUGCAUCAUAAUGUUGGUAUUAAACGUGGUUUGUUUGAUGAAUCCUCUGCUUGUGGCAUAACUUGGGUCACAUAUCCAAAGAAAGAAUGGAAAGGCUAGUAAAGAAUGAAAUCCUUCCUCAUUUUGAUUUUACUGACCUUGGAAUUUGUGUUGAGUGUAUUAAAGGAAAACACACAAAACACACACUUAAGAAAGCAGCCACAAGAAGCUCACAGCUCCUUGAAAUUAUACACACUGAUAUUUGUGGGCCUUUUGAUGUUCCAUCACUUGGUGGAGAAAAGUAUUUCAUUACCUUUAUCGAUGAUUUUUCACGUUAUGGAUAUAUCUAUUUGCUGCAUGAAAAAUCUCAGUCGGUAGAUACCCUUGAGGUGUUCAUCAAUGAAGUUGAGAGGCAAUUAGAAAGAAAGGUGAAAAUUGUCAGAUCUGAUAGAGGUGGAGAAUAUUAUGGAAAAUAUGAUGAAAGUGGACAGUGCCCUGGUCCAUUUGCUAAGUUCCUAGAAAGACGUGGUAUUUGUGCUCAAUACACUAUGCCAGGAACACCGCAACAAAAUGGUGUUACAGAAAGGCGGAAUCAUACUUUAAUGGAUAUGGUUAGGAGUAUGUUAAGCAACUCAUCCUUACCCAAAUCAUUGUGGAUGCACGCUUUAAGGACCGCUGUGUAUUUGUUAAACAGGGUUCCUAGUAAAGCAGUUCCUAAGAC